AGUUCAAACUGCAGUUGAUAACUACCAAAACUGUUUCCGACAAUCAGUUCCUCUGUCUCUCAUGGAAACCUUAAUUUCCAAAGCUCCAAUCAAAUUCAAAAUCUCCAAAUCCCAAAUUUCUACUUCGGUUUUCCCUUUCUAUUUCCCCUCACGACAAAGGAUCAAAUUCCGUCGUUUCUCCCGUAGGAACUGCCUCCAAAUCGGUUGAAGCCUCAAUGUUACUCCCGCCAAGGCUUCUUUAUUGGCUGAACCCUCAAGUUACGGCGGGUGGGACGAUUUUGAGCACGGCACUUGGUCUUCUGACUCGGGUGAGUCAAUUCGGUUCCGUGAUUUCCUUGUCUCUAUCGGGAUUUAUGAUAAGAAACAUGUUUUUUUUUGUUUUUAUCGGGGCUCGUUUGUGCCUUGGCGAUUUCUAGGGUUGGGGUUUCUACGAUUGUGUUAUUUCCAGCUUCUAUUUUGGUUUUUGGUAUUGGGUUUUCGUGUGGGUUUGUUAAAGGAGGAAGUUUCACGGAGUCAAGUUCAAAUAAAAGGAGGUCAAAGGAGGAAGCUUCAAGAGUUUAUAGUGAGAAAGUGAGGAAUUUAUAGUGGAUUUUUUUGAUGGGUUUGAUGAUAAAGUUAAUAGUUUGCAGAAUAAUAUACAAAGAGCUAUUGAUUCUAACAGCAUUAAUGUAUCUGAUUUGGAGAAUUAUGCUAAUUUAGUGGAAUCGAUGAGGUUAUCAGCUUCAAGGGCUAGAAGUGUUGUUGAAGCUUCUAUGGAUAGCGUUGGGAACUCUUACAAAGAUAAUCGAAAACCAUCAGGUAGAAAAAAAAGGCUGACGAUGCUAGGUUUGAGUUGUUAAAAUUUCUUGGGGGUAUGUUUGGCAAAAAAUCGGUGGCAUCAAAGCCUAACAAAGUAAAAGAUGAUGUUAAGCCAGAGACUGUGGAUACUAAUUUAAAUAAUAAAAUUCUAGGAAAUGUUUUGUUGCCUGCUGUGGAAGAUAGGGUUUUUAGUUCACGUAAUAAUGAAAAACGUGUUUCAAAUCAAGGCUUUGCUCAAGAUUCUUUGAAUAAGUCUGAUUUGGAUCAAGAAAGGGAUAGGGGAAUAUAUUUUGAUUUGGAGACACAGAAAAUAAGGUCCGACUUUCUGGGUGCAAAUGCUAAGAGAUUUGUUGAUGGUGAUGAGUAUAAUUACGAGAGCAAAAGACUACAGUUCACAAAUACUCAUGACAUCUCUUUCAACUCAAGUAAUGCGAAUGAGAGGAAAAGAUGGAAAUCCAAUGAUAAUAUGCUUGAUUCCAUGGAUUUCAGUGUCAGAUUGGAACACAUGAAAACUGAAACUUCCUUUAUACAUGAGCAGCUGCAUCAUGAAUCUAGUAGAUCUUACAGGUAUUCUCACAACCCAGAGAAGAGAGAAAAUGAGGCAUAUGGAAAGAGACAGCACUAUGAAGAUGAUUCCCACCAAGCUGAUCGUGUAACAGCAGCUAAGAAUGAGGUCAUUUCAUCAUCAUCGUCAAAGUUUGUCGAUGAUGUGGCCUUUGAUAAGUAUCUUACAGAAGCUAGUGGUCUUCUUAAAGAAGCCAAAGAGUGUAUGAGGGAACGACGAGAUGAAGGACGUGUAGAAGUCAUCUUGAAUAGGUCCGACACAUUACUCUUGCAGGCCAUCGCAAUGAAGCCCAUGAUCCUGUUGGCAGUGGGCCAGUUAGGCAACACUUAUCUUCUUCGCGGAGAAUUGAAACUACAUGUCAGUCAUGAGCUGAGAACUCUUCUUACUAAAAAUGAUCCCAUAACUGGUCGGAGGCCGCAAGGAAGAGUAGUUAACAGACUAGAUCAAGUUUCAAGUAGAGAUGAAGUUAUAUCACUCUUAGUUAGUGCUUGUGAAGAGUGUGAAGACCUCCUUGUGAGAGCUGGGCGAAAAUAUCGGCUUGCAUUAUCAAUCGAUGGAGAUGACGUGAGAUCCCUUUAUAAUUGGGGUCUUGCUCUGUCUUAUCGUGCACAGUUGAUUGCAUAUGUAGGACCGGAAACUGCAUACGAUGCUGACAAACUAUUCUUGGCUGCAAUUGAUAAAUUUGAUGCCAUGAUACUAGAGGCAAUGUUCAUGCACCUGAUGCCCUGUUUAGAUGGGGAGCCAUAUUGCAGCAACGAUCUCACUUAAGACCUCGUAACAGUAAAGAGAAGAUGAAGUUACUACUGCAGGCUAAGAGGUUAUAUGAAGAUGCACUCCAUAUGGACUCCAAAAAUCUGCAAGUAAGAGAUGCCUUAACAUCAUGUGUAUCCGAGCUGAAGUAUAGGUAUUUUUAGUCAUUACGGUUUAUGAUAGCGGUAACGAAAACUCCUACAAAUUGAUCUCUCUAAACUUUCUCUGCUAUCCCGUAUAAUUUUUGGUGCGUUCUUCUUACCUAUUAUGGGCAAAAUGCAACAUGGAUUCUUGUCUUCAUAGUAUAAGAAUAAAACAAUGAUAAUGCUUAUAUAUUAAAUA